AUGCCGCAGCCAUAUGAGUCGUCCCGCCGCCGCGGGGGUUGGGGCCCCUGGGUUCCGCUCGUCUUGACAGUGACGGCUGCGACGGUCGGCGUGGCCGCCUGGCUCUGGAGCCAGCAGAAGGAAGACGAGGAAGACGUCCGCGACCUCGACUAUAACACCGACAGCAGCAGCGAUAUCUCCCGCUACGGUGAAAGCAGCCGCGAGCUGUCAGACAUCAAGGAGCCGCUAGCCGACGAUGAGGAAGAACGCCUCCUGUCCCAGCAGUCGCAGGGCUCGCCUACCACGACCUGGGCUGCCCUGCGCCGGACCCCGAGUCCACAGCAUUUCUUCGACAGCGCGAAGAGGACCGUCGCGGCUGGCAUGACGGCUGUUGGCAGCGCGCUGGCUUCUAUUCGUGAGGAGGAUAGACGGGACUAUGCCGACCACGAGACCUGGUCCGAAGUGGCGGAUGCGCGCAAGGAAAAGGAGCGGGUUGUUCCUACUACUCCCGCUGCUACCACGUCGCAACCGACUAAGGAAGCCAACAAGCGCCGCAAGAAGGUUGCUAUCAUUGUGUCCGCCGACACCCAGCUGGAUCACUCUGAUGUCGAUGGCUUCCUGGAGCAUGCUUCUAUCCUCUCGCACAUUCCUCGCCUUACCGACCCUUCGCAAUACAAGCUCUACAUUCUCAUCUACGCGCCGAACCUCAAGGACACGGCAUUGGAUGCUUCUGGCACCCUGAACCAUCCCCCUGCUUCCCUGAGCUCGUCCUUCUCUGCGAUCGAGCACCCGCAAGCCGGCGACGAGGCGAAGAGUCCACUCGUUGGUCCAUCCUCCCCCAACCCCGCCUUCAACGCCAUCUACUCGCAGGCCCAAUCUCUCGUCGAAAAGGAGAGCAUGAUCCUGACGUUCACGACGCCACAAGGCCACGCCUACAUCCUGCGGCACAUCCAGCCCGAGAUCAUCUACCUGCAGGAGUCGCUGGCGGGCGAGAACGGCAGCGUGGUGUCGCAGCUGCAGACGUGGCUGCGCCACGACAUUGUGCUAGUCGUCGGCGCCGACAGCGCGCACGGCGGCGGUCUCGUCGAUAGCGAGUCUGAGGUGGAGAAGACGAAGCAGAAGAAGAAGGAUGGGAAGGAGGUGGUGUGGUGGCAGCGCGAGGAACGCGUUGGUCGUGGGCGUGGUGUCAUUGUUGUCGAUGUGUCGAGGGUGCAUGAUGACUGGGUCCGUAGGGUGCUAGGCAGGGAGUAG